AUGGCUGUGAGUGUGAUCCUUAUUCUGAUACAAAAACUAGGCUCCCUACUAAUAGAUGAAGCUAAUUAUCUGUCACAAGUGAAGCCAGAAGUGGAGUCACUCCGCAAAGAACUCAGGCUGAUGACAGCCUUUUUUAAGGACGCAGAUGCAAUAUACCACAAAAGUGAGCCAGCGAAAGAGUGGGUGAGACAACUCAAAGAAUUGGCCUUCGAAGUAGAAGAUGCCAUCGACAUCUUUGUAUAUGAAGAGGCAAAGAAACGGGGGCGCAAAAUCGUUGGGAAGAUCACCAAGUUUCCAAAACUUGUUAUUAAUGCUCACCAGCUAAGAGGGAAGAUCCAAGAUAUCAAUGGAAAGAUCAAGAAACUGAAAGAUGAUAGAAUUAAUUAUGAUAUUAAGCCUAAGCCUGUAGUUGAUCAAGGGGGUCAAACAUGGUCUACAACUGAUCAUCAAGCACAGCAUCAUCAUCAACUUGAAGCUUCUUCGAGUGCCCAAAAGUUUAGGCCUGUCGAUGUUGUGGGGUUACAAAGCGAAGCAGAGGAACUAGCAAAGUUGCUGAUGGAAGAGAAGCCCCUUGGACGGUUUGGUGUUGUCUCAGUUAUAGGAAUGGGCGGAUUGGGUAAAACCACCCUCGCUCAAAAAAUCUACAACAGAGAUGAUGUGAAAAAACACUUUGUUUGUCAAGCUUGGGUACGAUUAUCAAAAGAAUAUAGAAUGAAAGAUGUUUUGUGCAACAUCAUAAAACAAGUUAUGGUGCUCACAGAAGCAGAGAAAGAUGCAUUGGCGUCAAAGGAGGCUGGAAUUUUGGAGGAAAAGCUUUCCGAUUUUCUCAAAGAGAAGAAGAAUUAUCUCUUCCUAUUGGACGAUGUAUGGGCUAAAGAAGAUUGGGAUAAAUUGAAAAAUACCUUCCCGGUUCCAUGCAACAGUCAGAAGUGCAGGGUGCUGCUUACAACUCGUGAUGAAGGUGUAGCCCGACAUGCCGACCCCAUUGCUCCUAAUCCAUUCAAGCUUCAACUUUUGGAUGAAGAGAAUAGUUUAAAGCUUUUCUCAAAAGUGUUCUUCCGAUCCACAGAUGACACAGAGGCAGUAGCACGUCUCAACAGUCUCGACAAGGAGAUGAAACAUCUGGCAAUGGAUAUUGUUAAGAAAUGUGAUGGAUUACCAUUAGCUAUUGUGGUAUUGGGAGGUCUUCUAUCGGAUAAAAGGCUAACUACUCCUAUUGAAUGGAAGAAAGUGCUCGACAGUGUGAAGUGGCAUCUAGACUCGAGUAACUGUCAAAAGGUAUUGGCUUUGAGUUACUCUGAAUUACCUAGUCAUUUGAAGCCUUUAUUUCUUUAUUUUGGGGUUUUUCCAGAAGAUACUGAGAUGCGAAGGGACAGAUUGAUUCAGCUAUGGGGUGCAGAGGGAUUUCUAGAACCAAGAGGGAAUUUAAGAAUGGAAGAUGUGGGCGGAGAAUGCCUUGAGGAGCUGAUGCAGAGGAAUCUGAUUCAAGUUGCGAAGUGGAAAUCAAAUGGGGUACCUGAAUCAUUUAUAAUUCGUGAUCCCCUCUUGAACUUGGCAAUAUCAGAAGCCAAGGAAAGUAACUUUCUUAACAUCAUCUCCACUCCUCAGGAGUCCUUGAAUUGUUAUCGUCGUGUAGCCCUUCAAGAUAAGCAUGGUGAAAAUAAUAUGGCCGAGGAGGCUUCUUACAAUUUCUCCUCCUCCAUGAGUUCUAAUUCAAACCAGCUUCUCCGCUCAUUGCUCUGCUUCAUUGAAAUGUCCCCAUCCCUUUAUGGGCAGUUCAAACUACUUAAUGUGUUGGAUCUAGAGGGUGCCCCAGGUAUUAAAAGUUUACCCAAGGAAAUAAGGAAGCUCAUUUUUCUCAAGUACAUGAACUUGAGUAGAACCAGCUUGGAAACUCUUCCACCUUGGGUUGGCAACUUGUAUAACCUACAAACUCUCAGUGUGGUGGGUACCGAGAUUGAAUCUCUCCCCAUUGAAAUAUUAAAAUUGGGUAAAUUAAGGAAUCUUCUAUUCUAUGGCAUAAAAAUGAAGCAGGCAUUUAAUGAUUCCAUUGUUGGGAAUGGUAUAAUUGGGAUUUAUCGACGACAGCAUUCUCCUCAUCAUAGACACGUACACCAUCUAAGUGAUCUCCAGACACUAUUCCUUCCUUCAGGUGAUUGGAUAGAGAAUGGCCUCGAAAAGUUGACCGGUCUCAGGGAUUUGAGGAUACUUGGAGUUGACAUGGAGAAAUUCAGAGAGAAAUUGUCCCAGGCCCUAGUCAAUUUGGUGCGCCUUGAGGCCCUAAACUUAUCAGACUUUAGAAAUGGCAAAACAAUUUUCCCUUCACUUUCGAACCAUGUGUAUCUCCAUUAUCUCUACAUUUAUGGUCGCAUACAAAAGCUACCUGACCUUCACAACUUCCCUCCGAAUCUCGCAACGUUGCAAUUGUCUAACACGCAUCUAAAAGAAGACAUGAUGAGGAUGCUCGAGAAGCUGCCCCAAUUAAAGGACCUCUCAUUAUGGUCUACAUACGAUGGAGUUGUGAUGAAAUGCUAUGCAGGAGGGUUUUCUAAACUCGAGAGUUUGUGCUUCGUACAGUUUGAUUGGCUAAGGUAUUGGAUAGUGGAGGAAGGAGCAAUGCCUAAUCUGAGCAUAUUGGAAAUUAAAGAUCUUUUUGGGUUAAAAUGGAUUCCCGGUGGGCUGAGGCACAUCACAACACUACAAAAACUUACAUUGGCUAUGCCAAAGGAAUUCCUUGAGAGGGUUGAAGAAGGUGAAAAACAUUGGGAGAAGAUCAAACAUGUACCUUCCAUCAAUACACGGGAAGUAGAAGGACACAGAACUGAAGAACAGUUUACUAAAUAUGAACGCAAAUGGUUCACAGCUACAGGGGAGAUGAUCCCUGAUGAUGACCACUAA